AUGAGCCCUGCGGCGGAGAUUAACCGAGCUACUCCGAGCCAGGAGCUGAAGCUUAACGGCCACGGGAAAAGGGAGAACGGCGAAGCUGGCCCCUUACGGAACUUCAGCGGCGAGGAUCAUGAAGGAUCUGGUAUCUUGACGUCCUCCGAGACAGAUGCUAGCCAGAGUCCUACCGCCACACACGACCAAACAACCGAUGCCGGAGAGGACAAUGUGAACGGCGGUGGCGUGGAGGAACAAGCUACGAACGGAGGUCAUACAAAUGGGCAGCACUCUGAAUCAAAUGGCCAAGGACUUGGCAUCGUUGUCCAGCUUUCGCCAGAUGAUGCGGAGACGAACGGCCGGACGACCCUUUUGGAGGGAUCUAAAGUGAAGGCCGCUCUGGCUGAGCUUGCCGAGGAUGCGUCACGAAGACCUUCGGACGACAAAGAGAAGAUCUUGAAAUUGUCUCCCGAUAAGAUUCAGGAGCUGACAUCCUCACCCGAAUCGAUCCCCUACCGUACAGCAACACCAGAUACGACUACUGGGCAAAGGGCGGUUCCAGACCACUCCCAUCCGAAUGGGACGCUUCGUCCGGAAAUUAGAGACUCUAUUUUGCAAUCCCUCAGCGAGGCGCCCUCUUUAGACGAUACUUUGAAAGCACGGCAUGCGAAAGUCCCGGUUCUUGAAGAAUCAUCUUUGCCUGCAAGCCCGGCACUUCCACGACCUAGCAUUAAUGGAUCUGUCCGUAAUCGGCCUCAUACAUCUCGGACAUUUUCGACGCCGGGGCUCGCUCGGAACUCUAUUCCAUUGCCGAAUAAUGAACGGCUUGCGCAAACAUGGGCUUCGCGUUCGAAACAAGAUCGAAAUGCCCCCGAUCGUGAUCUUAAGAGCCACCUUGCGGCGUCUCCUCAGAUCAUUGAGAGCCCCUUACCAUCACCAUUGCCGGCUUCAAUUCCCAUACCCCCUGUCUCGAUACCGACCUAUCUCCAGCUUGAGCUUGCAUCUGGUCGCCCAUCACCGCUGUAUAUCCAUCGAUCAGCAUCAAAUGACUUUCCAUAUGAAUCAUCCAGCGCAAAGAUCGAACGAUUGAUGAAUUUCCUUAUUCUGCCGGGUGCAUUGGAACAGGUGCUAUGUUUUGGCUCACUCGCAUGUCUUGACUCGUGGCUCUACUCCUUCACUAUUCUCCCUUUACGCUUCAUAAAGGCCGUUUAUAUUCUCUUCGAAUCCUGGGCAAAGAACUUGAAUGCCGAGUUUUGGUUCAUUUGGAAGUUUGUGGUCAAUGGAAUUGGGAGAGUAUGGCAAAGGAGGAAUUACCAUGGCGAUAAACACGAAAAUGAACCUGAUGUGACAUCUCGAUUGGCCAACGGGUCUUCUACGGGGCAAGAUGCAACAGCAUCUAUGGAUCGAGAAUCUAGGCAUCGGGAACCUGAGCCUUCGAAGAGAAGACAUCGCGUCUCGGAAUCGCGGCGACACCAUCGGAGGAAGAAGUCAAUCCCAUCAACUCUACUCCCAGAUGACAAGGCAGACAUUUUGACUGGUUUGCUUAUGGUGGCAACUUGUUGGGCGUUGAUGUACUUUGAUGCCAGUCGGAUGUAUCACUGGAUUCGUGGACAAGCCGCUAUCAAGCUGUACGUCAUUUACAACGUGCUGGAAGUAUUGGAUCGACUCUUGGCUGCUAUCGGACAGGAUGUCCUUGAAUGCCUUUUCUCACGGGAAGCUCUCGAGCGUCGUCCAGAUGGGCGUAGCAAAAUUCUGCGUCCGUUUGGGUUGUUUUUGGCUGCACUCGUCUACACGGUGGCACAUGCAACGUCCCUUUUCUCUCAGGUCAUGACAUUGAAUGUGGCCGUCAACUCAUACUCAAACGCACUCAUGACCCUUCUUUUGUCCAAUCAGUUCGUGGAGAUCAAGUCAACCGUCUUCCGCAAGUUCGAGAAAGAAAACCUGUUCCAGCUCACGUGUGCGGAUGUCGUGGAGAGGUUCCAACUGUGGCUGAUGCUCACUAUCAUCGCCUCACGUAAUAUCGUGGAGACGGGUGCUUUCAACUUCAUCGGCGAUCUCGGACUGGGGUCUGGCUUUUCUAGCCAGGCUUCUACCAGCACCAACAGUACACCUUUGUCUACUCCUCCUCGAACCGCAUCGUCAAUCCUGCCGCAAUCUUUCACCUUCUUCCCAUCAUCGAUCCUGUCAUCAGUCAGCAGUGUCAACUCUUUCCUUCCAACACUGGGUCAAGUAUUGGGGCCGUUCUUGGUUGUCCUGGGAUCCGAGAUGUUGGUGGACUGGUUGAAGCAUGCGUAUAUCAACAAGUUCAACAACUAUCGACCCGCAUUGUAUGGCCGGUAUCUUGACGUUCUUGCCAAGGAUUACUACACCAACGCCUUUGGUGAUCAAAACCUGACACGCCGGCUUGGCCUUCCUGUCAUCCCACUGUCAUGCCUUUUCAUCCGCGUGUCGGUGCAAACCUACCAGAUGUUCCUGGCCUCGUUACUCCCUCAACACCCGUCCUCAACCGCGCUAAGGUCGACAUCCUUAUCAUCGAUCCAUAACCAUUAUGCACCCGCACCUCUCCCGUCUACGCCGCCUUUGACCUUGAGCAAUGUUAUCCCAGUGUCUGUUGCCCACGUCAGUGCUUUCUUCAGUACCCUGGUGGACAACGCUAUGCCUUCACCUGCGCAGUCCGUCCAGAUCUUCACAGUCAUCCUGCUAUUGACGGCAUACAUUGUCCUGUUGAUCCUCAAAUUGCUCCUGGGAAUGAGCCUACUUGCCUUCGCACGCUCCCGCUACAAGAAAAUGAGAAAUCUCGAGAGUGAAUCGCGAAAGGCUUCAUCCUCGCACCCUCCCGCCACUGAAAACACCGCUCGUAAAGACGAGUUUAAUGUUGAAGGGAGUCGGCGCGCCGGCGGUUGGGGAAUGGUCGAGGUUGGUGAUGAAAAGCGUCGUUGGAUCUAUGGUGAUGACCCAGAAGGUCUGCGGCGCGUGAAGGAGAAGGAGGAUAAGGACAAGAACAAGGAUAAGGACCUGAAGAUAGACCAUGUUAAACGGUAUGAGAUGGUGGCGAAGAAGAUUUGGUAA